AUGCUAGAGAAUACAGAUGCCGAAUGUUCUUGUCCAUAUGCUUUCGAAGAUAUUAAAAAGUACUUUGAACUGGCCUCGAAACGUGACUUCGUUCCAUCCCUUUCAGAAUUUGUAAGGGAAAAUUCUGAUUUAUUAGUUCGUUCCCCUCCAGAAGUAAACGAUUUUAAAAGUUUAGAUGGUGCAUGGAAAAAGAGGUUCACCACAGUUGCAAAAAUACUUAAUAUAGAGGAAAGUAUCAGUGUUUUUAGUUUUUCCGCAUUUAUGGCAUCCCAGUCAGGUUUCGCCCUGGUACUGUGGGUAGUUAGGUGUCGCCCUCGCCAGAGUGAUGAUGUGGGAAAUCCCAGUCAGAUUAAUGUUGACACGCCCGAUUGGAAUAUUAUUAUUGAAAAGAGAUAUAAGGAACGAAUCACAGUCCGACGUCGUGAAAAAACUUUCACUAUGUACGAAAAAGAACAUGAAAUUAUUGGGAAUCAAUUAUCCAAAGACCAGGAAAACUAUCUCGAAAAUUAUGAACCCAAUAAUCUAAAGGAUGACGAAUCAACAACAGCCAAGAGGAAUGAAGAGAACCACAACAAGCAUGCUAUAGCUAGUGUAUCAAAUCUGACUAAAAACAAAAUUACCGCACUAAGUAAACGACCAAACUCCGAUGUAGAUUCUGAAGAUUUAAAAAACAACUCCUUCAUUGUAACAGAAGAGCAGUUUGAAGCCCCCGGACUUAUUGAUUCUCCCAUAAUACCAUCACCAUACACCGGUACCAAUGUGGAUUUGGUUCUGGAAAAGUCACAGGCUACUGAACAUCAAGUCCACCCGCCCGAAUAUACCGAAAACCCAUCAGAAAAGACUAUGCGUGAUGGAUACUCCACAACUCCAAAACAAUAUGAAAUCGACAUCGAGGAUGACGAUAAUGUUGGAAACACAUCAAAAAGAAAAACAAAUGAAGAUGACAAUGAUGACGAAUUACUUGAAAAUGCCAGAUUUCUAUUCAACGAAUUGAAUGAAGAAUCAUUAAUCGAUAAGGUUGAUGAGAAUUCACUAUUGGAUGAGACUCGAUUGCCAUUAGGAAAUAUUAACGGUAGAACACCGGAGGAGUUCCUUAAUACAAAUUUAAUCGAAUCAUUUAAUAAAUACCAAAAAAAAAUACCGAAAACUCGCAAGAUCCUAACCCCUGCAUAUUGGGGAAUAUUGGAUUUAACGAAAGAAAGUUUAAACAACUCCGGAAUAAAAAAUAAGGAGAUUGAAAAAUUAUCACAGAAUUUCUCCAAUAAAAUCGGAUGGACUGACGAUGUCCUUGCCUCCAAUGAAGUUCAAAAUAUUUUGAUAAUAAUUGCGAGAAUGUUAAUAAAAAUGAGAUGA